AUGCCAUGUCUCGGCCUCCGGAUAAGGGGUUGCUCAGUUCUUAGGCGACAUACACCCACUACUGCAUCCACCUCCUCACGGUCACUACCCCGUGGUCGCUUCGAGUCCUCCAUCUCAAGUCACCAGGCCAGUGGCAUUCGGGAGGUACCCACCCUUCCGUCCUGGGAUGUGACUGUAUUCAGCCAAGCAUACAAGCAGAAUGUACCAGCACGUCUGCCUCGUUCGAGGGCGCAUCUGCCUCCGGCUUGCUCAAAAUGGUUCAUCCACAACGACAACCCAGACUAUGGCCUUUUCAGCCCUUCCUCCACCAUCAACGUGACCGCCGACCGUGAUUCUGAAGAGGGUCGUCGGUCCAGCGAUGGGAUUAUCAAUGUCCCUCGCUCGUCUGAACUGCGGAUGUCGUUCUGGUCAGGGCACGAAGCGACAAUUGUGCCGCUGGAGAUAACCACCACCACCAUCACCACCAAGGAUGCUUCAACAGCCACUGUUCUCGGUCAGGGCAGCAGCAUUCCCGGCACUGGCGGCGAGAGUGAAGGAUUUGAGCGCAUCGAAGCGCCUCUGCAGAUCCUGGUCGCAUAUCUUUCCAAAUCACCGCCACCACAAUCAAGGACGGGCAUCGACCAAGUCCGGGAUGUUAAUUCCAUGUCAAUCUACCUCGCCCAGUGCGAUCUUUCCUCCCUGCCAGUUUCAAUACGAUCAGACGUCCCUGUCCCCGAGGUAUUACACCCAUCCUCCUCGUCCAGCGGCAGCAACAGGAACGGCAGCACAGUAAAAGGCGACAUCUACGCCUCGUCCCUCUGGCUCGGUCGCCCACCAACCUACACCCCAUUACACCGCGACCCGAACCCGAACUUGUUCAUCCAACUAGCCGGGCAGAAGACGAUACGUCUCCUGCCGCCGCAGAUUGGUGACGCUUUAUAUCACGAUGUCACCGCGCGACUAUCUCCAACGUCAACAUCCUUCUCCACUGCAAUCAGAGGCGAGGAGAUGAUGGUCGGGCCACAGAAAGUGGCACUCCACGAUGCCAUUUGGAACCCGUCGAGUAUCUACAACGAAGUCAUCCGGGCCCAUGGCCUGCAGACGACGCUUGGGCUUGGUGAUGCACUCUUCACGCCGAAAGGGUGGUGGCACAGUGUCAAGGGCGUUGGCGACGGUGUCACAGCCAGUGUGAAUUGGUGGUUUCGAUGA